UAUAACGUGUAUAUGUGCUUCUCUAAGUUGUUUUAUCAACCUCAGAAUUUUAAUAUUGGUUUUACUUUUAGUGAAAUCAAACCCUUAAAUUUAAAAUUGAAACAGUUAAAAUUUAAAUGCAAUGCUAUUUAUAAGUAUUGGUAUAAGUUAGCGUUGUUAAAAUUAUCAAAUUUUGCUUUAAAAUAUAGAAAGCCAAGUUGAAAUUGCACUUAGGCCUAUAUUGUUACUUACAGCCCAUUCUAACAAUCGUCGGGUCCGAAGAUUCUAAAUAUAAUUAUAAUAUAUUUUAUAUUAUUAUUUAUAUUAUAAACAAAUUUCACCAGAGCGAAUGAAUGAUCGAACUUCAAAAUACCUGGAAUUAGUAAUAAACCGCUAGUAAACUUUUUAAUUUUAACUAAAUCGUAAAUGAAGCAUAGCAGGUGCAAAAAAAGUUUAUUAGUUAGAAUGUACUCUUUUGAUUUAAAUUGUAAAAACUGUCAUUAUAUUUUAAACAAAAUCCAAUAUGAACAACAUAACAGCCCAGUGAUAGUGAAACUCUACAGUUGUUAAGCCUGAAAAUGAAAUGAAGCUCCAAUCAAUUAAAAAUAUGAAGACAAAAGUUUGAAUGUCCUUGAAAUUUAGUAAUUAGUUUUUUGCUUCUGAGUAUAAUGUAUAGCGAAAAAAGUAAAUAUAUAUAAUGUAUAUUCAUUGUGGGCACUACAAUAGAUCUACAAGUAGCCUAAUUUUCUGUGGGUUAGUUAUGUUGGAUCUGCUGAAUUGCCCUGGGGCAUCAGGAGUUUUUCUUUCUUUUUUUAUUAAUUAUUUGUGGUUACUGAGUAUUUUAUCCUGGGUGCCCCAGAUUUGGCAAUUAUUCACUUAGUGCUCGUAAAAAAUACAAUAUACCACAAAACAUAUUGUGUAUGAAUUUACAGAUACCCUAGGACAUGACCUAAAGGAUCAUAAAAUGUGGUGGUUAGAAGAUUCUGUGCACUUCAAAUUCCUUCUUAAAAGAUGGCAUGAUUCCUGCUGGAAUUUUCUGUUCUGAACUGAAAUUUGUAUAUGUUUAUUUUUCAAAUUGCACAUUUAUAACCUUAAUGAUCAAAACAUUUGUUUAGCUCAUGAGUUUAUUGAUGGUUUUCAUUCAAUUUUCUAUGUUUCUUUUAAAUAAAUAAUUAGUGAUUGAUUUAGUGAACUGUUUGAGUACAAAUUCUUAAGCGAGGUAAAAAUAAAAGGGGCUCUUAUAAAGCUGUUGUUUUCAGUAUGUCUCAUUUCUUAAGUGUUUCCAGCCUGAACAUCAUAUUUAACAAAAUCUUCAAAUAAUUUGUAAUUGACAUUUGAUUCAUAAACAUUACCUUUGGACUUUUAUGUCAAGUUUUAGCCAGUUGUACUGGCAACCUGUCAUAUGGUGAGAUGGGCAAGUUUUGGGUUUUUAAAAUAUUAAGCAUACUAGUGUCUUAAUCACUGAGAAAUAAUGCAAAUUUCAAAAUUAAAGAUUAAAUUGUAAUAUUAUUUGGCCAUUAACAAGAUUCUGAAAGGCAAAAUUAACUGAUCCAAAUGACUUUCUUUGAACAAGGUAUUUUCUGUUUACAAAAGUUUGUGUGUAUGUGUCUGCAGAGUUGUACAUAUUUGUCCCUUUAAGUACCAUUGUCAUUCAAAUGGAAGGCCAGUGUUAACCCAGUUGAUUUGUAAUUUUAUUUUUAAGUGCUAUUUGUUGUUAGACUAUGUUUGAAAAAAUGAAGUCAAGGAAAUAUGAAAUAAUUUCUGUUUACAUAGCAGAAACAGAUAAACAUCUGUUUUCAAGAACUUUGACUUUCAGUAUAACAGGGUAGUUGUAGAAAGGUGAGGAAUGUUUACUUUGUGCUGACUUGUAUUGUAGACCCUGAUAUAUCCCAAAACUUGCAACAUAGCAUGAUAAAAAUUCACAUAACUCCUAGGAGUAGGCAUAAACCAAUGAUAAGGGAAGAUAAGUGAGGCCCAAAUAGCCCACAGUUGGGUCAUUUGACUACCCUUCAUAUAAUAGAUAUUAUGUGAAGAGAAAAGAGAAUUGCUAACAUUGAACAAACAUACAAACCUUGCAAGAGGGAUGCUAUUUUUAAACUGAAUCAAACUUCAUAACCAUUGUAUGAGCUGUGAAGAUCAAAAACCCCAAGAAGUGAUUUAAGUGUCAAAUUCCUUCACCCUACUAGUUUAUUAAAGUAUUUAUUUGAAGCACUAUAAGAAGUGUUUUUCAAGUGUUACAUUGUAGUUUCUUGAAUAUUUUGGAGUCACUGAGUUAUUGCUUAGAUGAAUUUCAAAUGCAAAUGUUUAAUAACAUCUAAGUUUGCUCGUAUGGCAUUAAAUAGUUAGUAAAAAAAGUUAAGUAAUGCAUAUUGGCAUUUUCAGUUUCUUGUCUGAUAAAGUAGUUGCCACUGUUAGAUAUAAAUACAUACAGAUUAGUUAUGCUCUCAACAAAUACAAGCCUUUUUUUUCUUAACUUAGGGAUAGUAGACUGGGUUUAAUAAUUAAGGAUGGGAAUCAGCAUUGGAAAAGCUGUUGUAGGAUUACUGCUGGUCUGGCUGGUAAUUAUAAUUGUCAUCAGUGGACCACUUUUUCACAACACUGAUCCUGAUGAACAAGUCCUUGCACGUCUCACUAGAGCUGUUGGGGAACUGGAUGACUUAAAACAGCAAAAUAUUGAACUCCGUAACCUUUUAAACUCUCUCAAUUUAUACCUUCACAGAAUUCCCGCAUUAGCAGAAAACAAGCCUAAAGAAGAACAAUUUAAGGAGCUUCAAGAUAAGCUAGAAAAGGCCAAUGGACUUUUAAACCAGAAACCAUCUGACAAUCAAGCUAUGGUUCUCAAAAAAGAUGAAAGGGAACCAAGCAAAGAAUAUGAGUUGACAAGGAGAAGAGUAGAAGAUGGCGUUAUUGAAAUGUGGUAUUUUAUUCGUUCAAAGCUGAAAACCCUAAACAAAACACUGAGUUCAGACAAGGAAACCAUCAAAAUGCUAACUGAAACAAUGGAAGAUAUAGCAAAUCAUAGAAGAUCCAUUAUGGUGGACCUAGAAAAACUUAAAGAUCUGGAUGGCAUGGCUGUAUGGAGACAAAAAGAAGCUCAAGAACUUGGUGAUAUUGUACAGCAGAGGCUCAAAUACCUGCAGAAUCCAAAAGAUUGUAGCAAAGCAAGGAAGUUAACAUGUAGCCUGAACAAAGGUUGUGGCUAUGGAUGUCAGAUUCAUCAUGUGGUGUAUUGUUUCAUUGUGGCUUAUGGAACCCAGCGGACUUUAAUUCUCAAAUCAAAGAACUGGAGGUACUCUCGUCAAGGCUGGGAAUCAGUAUUUAAGCCAGUUAGCGACACCUGUACUGAUGAAUCAGGAAUAUCUCGUGGUAGCUGGUCAGAUUCCAAUGAUGCUCAGGUAGUUGAUCUCCCCAUUGUUGAUAAUAUUCAUCCACGUCCUCCAUACUUACCAUUAGUCAUUCCUCAGGACCUCUCGGAUAGGUUGAUUCGUAUCCAUGGCAACCCUGUUGUAUGGUGGAUUGGCCAGUUUUUAAAGUAUCUUCUGCGUCCACAGGAAGGUUUGGCAAUGUUUCUCAAGCAUGCAGAGGAAAAAAUGAAUUUAAAACAUCCGGUAGUGGGAGUGCAUGUGCGACGUACAGACAAAGUAGGAACAGAAGCAGCUUUCCAUGGGAUAGAAGAGUAUAUGGAAUUUGUAGAAGAUUAUUACAAGCAGCUAGAACUAAAACAGUCAGUUGAAGAGAGACGAGUGUACCUUGCUACGGAUGAUCCUAAACUGUUGGAGGAGAGUCGCCAAAAGUUUCCCAAAUACACUUUCUUUGGUGACCCAGCCAUAGCAAAGAGUGCUGCCAUUGGAACGCGUUACUCAUCAGAUGCUUUAAAAGGCAUUAUUAUGGAUAUUCACUUCUUAUCUAAGUGUGACUAUUUAGUAUGUACAUUUUCUUCUCAGGUGUGUCGCUUAGGUUAUGAAAUCAUGCAAACUGAUCAUCCAGAUGCUUCAGGCUACUUCCACUCAUUGGAUGAUGUAUUCUACUUUGGUGGACAAGGCGACCACAACCAAGUAGCCAUUUAUGACCACAACCCUCGCAGUCCUGCGGAAAUUGAAUUGAAGAAAGGAGAUAUUGUAGGUAUUGCAGGUAACCACUGGGACGGGUACUCCAAGGGUGUUAAUCGCCGGACAAAGAAGUCUGGACUUUAUCCAUCGUAUAAAACAGUAGAAGAUGUCCAGCUUCAUGAAUUUCCAACUUAUGAAGAAGUCAAAAAACUUCAAAGCUCAUGAUACAAGUUAUCUUUAUAAUGAAGUACAUUGGAGAUCAUAAAAUGUUCUACUACCUAUUUUAAGCUUUUGUACUGAAAUAAUUUACAUAGGUGAUAAAGUAUAAAAAAAAAAUUUCAAAAUCUGGUCGUCAAAACUUUCCAGUCAAGUGUUAAAUCAUGGACAAAUAAUUUGUAAUAAAUUGUAAUAACAUGAUUAAAGCAUCUGUUCUAUUUGAUUAAAAGAAAUAGUGAAUUCAAAAUCGAUUUUGAUGGCUUUGUGUUCAGGGUUAGACAGUGUGUAUUUAGCUUAUUUUGGAGUUUUGUUGGUUAACUCUUCAGCACUAAUCACUAUAAAGGGUUAUAAUUUCUUAUAUCAUCGUAAGUCUUUCUCAUCAAGUGUAAAAUUGUUUACUAGUUGUAAACGUCUAAGGCAUUUCUGCACGAGUUAAACAUUAUUUGGCAAUAAUUUCCAUCUUCCAAAUAUAUAAAAGAAUCUGAUACCUGAGCACGAAGUUGUAUAGACUAAUUAUUACUUAUAUGUAUCUGGAAAACAAAACUUUUAUUUCAGUAUUGGAAGUUUGGAUUAUUUGUGAUAAUACAGAUUUUUGGUAUUGCAGUAUUUUGAAAUAUUUUGUGUUCACUUGCAACAUAAGCGCCCCCAGCAUUAGAGAAUUUUUAAAAUAUGAUUCACUUAUAAUGCAGUUUCCUUGGAGAUAAUACGUUACAAAAAUCACAAGCCAGCAGUCAUGUCAUUUAAUGUACAAUACUAGUGUUAAAAAUAUAGUUUAUAGUAGGCCUAAUAUUAAUGUCUGAUGACAAUUAUAAUUAAUUAUAAU